AUAUAAAUUCUCUAUAUAUAUGUGUAGUUUGUUGGGAAAACGGUUUUUUCAUCCCUAAACUAACUUACUUUGGCCAAUUCCUCCCCCUAACUUUGUAUUGUGCCAAAAACCUCAUGAACUAAUUUAUAUUUUGAAUUACCUACAUGAAUAAAACAAAUUAGGCGGAAAUACACAAAUCGCUCAACGCUGUUACUGUUCCGUUAAUGACAAGCUGACUAGGAUGCCACAUCAUCAAUCAAAAACGACGUCGUUUUAAACAUCUUACCCAACAAAAAUAAAACGACGUCGCAUACAUCAUUCAUACAAAAUCGAAUUGGGGAUUUUAUUAGGGUUCAUCGAAUUCCAAUUGGGGAUACAAAGUGUUCCGCCUUUGAGAUAGAGAGAGAUCAAAGACUAAGGGUUUCAGGUUGAUGAGAGUCUGGUUUGAGAGAGAAAGAGAACGAAGACAAAAGCUUUCGGGUUUGAGAGAGAAAGAGAUCGCAGACACGGGUUUUGGGUUUGAGAGAAUCGGGUUUGAGAGUGAAAGAGAAAGACAGUGACAGUGUUCUGGGUUUGAGAGAGAGAGAAAUCGAAGACUGUUGGUGAUGAAAAUGCACAAGAUGACCGGAAACAAAUGCGCAAUGGUGAUGAAAAUUUUAAGAAGAUGUGUAUGGCUGCAAGGUGGACCAAACACAUUGAUACAUUUGUGGAGCCUGAUAUCAAUGAAGUUGAGACUGAUGAUGCUAAUAGAAAUCAGGAAGAAACAAGAGAUGAUUCUGGACAGUUUGAAGAAGAAGCAAGAGUGGAGAGAAAUGUUGCUCGUUUUGUUGAUGUAGAUGAUGAGUAUGAUGAGUAUGCGACUGGAUCAGAUAGUGAAGAUGAUGGUAAUUUGAGAGAGGAGUAUUUCAGAUACAUCAAAGGUAGUGGCGAGUUGAAGAUGAAAAUGGUAUUUGACAGUUUAGAGGCAUUCAAGUCAGCAAUGGUGGAUUAUGUGUUGAAGACAGGAAGAAAUGUGAAGUAUGUGAGAUGGGAUCCUGACAGAUCAGAAUUAAAAUGUGCAAGUCGAUGUGAGAAGGACAAAUCAGAAAAAGAAAGAGGGACAGAAACUGAAGGAGAUAAAGGGACAGAAACUGAAAGGGAUAAAGAAAUAGAAGGCGAGAAAGAAAAUGAAGGAGAGAAGGAAACUGAAGAAGAUGGAGAACCAUGUGCAUGGAAGAUAUACUGUUCUUAUAAAGCACCAUUACAGAAGUGGAUGGUGAAGACAUAUAAUGCUGCUCAUAGUUGCUUAACGACUGGAUAUAGCAAGCUUCUUACUCAAGAGGUAAUUGCUAAGUUGUUUGUGAAUGAUGUAAGGGAUGAUCCUACAAUGAUGCCUAAAAGAAUUCAGAAGAGUAUUCAAGAUCGCUGGCAUUUAACUACAACACCUGACCAGUGUAGAUAGGCAAAGAAAAGAGCAUUAGAGAUGAUCCAAGAAGAGCAUGAUGAACAAUACUCAAGAAUGAAAGAUUACCGACUUGAGUUAUUAGAGUCCAAUGUUGGUUCGACUGUGGUGCUUGAUACAUUUGAGGGAAGCAAUGGACUGGAUAUGUUCCACAGAUUUUACAUCUGUUUUGCUAAUAUUCGGAUGGCAUGGUGUACAUAUUGUCGACCAAUAUUUGGUCUUGAUGGCUGUUUUAUGAAAGGUACUUCAGAAGGUCAGUUACUGGCUGCAGUUGGAAGGGAUGCAAACAACCAGAUGUAUCCCAUUGCAUGGGCUGUUGUGGACAGAGAGGAUGAAGACAAUUGGAGAUAGUUCAUUGAGAAGCUGCAGAGAGAUUUAAACCUUAGAGAUGGUGAUGGUUUUACUGUCAUUUCAGAUAGACAAAAAGGAUUAUUGAAUGCUGUUUCCCAGCUAUUGCCAAAAGUUGAGCAUCAGAUGUGUGCAAGACACAUAUAUGCAAACCUAAGGAAAAACCAUCCACAUAGGGCUGACAUGAAAAGUCUAUUUUGGAAGGUUGCCAAGAGCUAUAAUGAGGCACAAUAUGAGAAAAGCUUGGAAAAGUUGAAGGCGUAUGACAUGAAUGUCUUUAAUUCAGUGAUGCAGAAGAAUCCAAAAAAUUAUAGUCUUACAUUCUUCAAGCCAACAGCCUCUUGUGAUGAUGUAAGUAACAACAUCUCUGAGUCUUUUAACCAUGCCAUUGACCCUGCGAGAGUAAUGCCUUUGGUUGAAAUGUUGGAAACAAUCCGGAGAAGAGCAAUGAUUCGCAUUGAUAUUAGAAGGAAGAAAGCAAUGAGCCACAAAGGGAAAUAUUCUCUGAAAGCAAUGGAGAAACUCGAAUUGGAGCAGAAGAAGACAAAAAACUGUAAGGUAAAUCCUUGUGGUGUUGGUGAGUAUGAGGUAAAGGAGAAAAAAUCGUCAUUUAAGGUCUACAUGGAGAAGCAUUCUUGCACUUGUAGGAGGUGGCAUAUGUCAGGUCUUCCUUGUCGUCAUGCUCUAAAGGUGAUCUUAGACAACAAGAAGCUGAAACGCGAUGACUAUAUAUCAUCUUGCUAUUUGACAUCUAGGUGGAGGAAUCAGUACAAUGCAUUUAUAAAGGGGGUUAGAGGCAUGAACUUCUGGAAAAAAUCUGGUGAAAUAGAGCUUUUGCCACCCAAGACAGAUACAACAAAAGGUAGAAAGCCAAUUCCUAAAAGAUUCAAGGAAAGGAAUGAGUCACCACAAAAGAAGAAAAAGAAGACCAUGGAUUCUAAGACUACUGAGAUUAAAGUUUCAAGAGAGAAAAGGAUCAUUCAUUGUGGAAGUUGUGGUGAAGCUGGGCAUAACACAAGGAGCUGCAAAAAUGUUGGAGUUAUACCUCCAAAGAAAAGCAAAGGGAAGACAGCGAAAGACGGAUGUGAAGGACCAAGUCAACUAACUCAAAGCCAAGUCAUUGACUAACAUGUCAGGUUUGUGUAUUAAUUUUAAUCUAGGAUUUUGAUUUAUUUUCGGAUGUAAAACUCAGAUUAUGAUUCAAAUUAUGAUGUAAUUUUGGAUUAAAUUUUGGAUUCUAUUUGAUUAUGCAUUUUGGAAUCAAUAUGAUGGUUUGUUAGAGAUUA